UGGUGCGGGUUAUGUGUCUUUCAGUUGACGACAGCAGUGACCAGUGCCUUUUUACUCGCAAAGGUGAUCCUCUCAAAGCUUUUCUCUCAAGGGGCUUUCGGCUACGUGCUGCCCAUCAUUUCGUUCCUCCUUGCCUGGAUUGAGACGUGGUUCCUGGAUUUCAAAGUGUUACCUCAAGAGGCAGAAGAGGAAAACAGACUCCUGAUAGUUCAGGAUGCUUCAGAGAGGGCGGCGCUCAUACCUGGAGGUCUUUCUGAUGGUCAGUUUUAUUCUCCUCCGGAAUCUGAAGCAGGUAAAAAAAAUGUGAUUAUCUGCAUUUUCAUCCAUCCUUCAACAGCCCAGCCCUCCCUCUCUCUCCUCCCCCCGCUCUACUCUCAGAAGCCUGAGCAGACAUCUCACACAGCAGACGUUUAGGACACGGAGAUCACUGAGACGUGGUCUCGAUGUGGGAGCAGUGAGGGGACACAGAGUGUAAA